GAAGUCAGAAGUUUCUGAAACUAUAGAGCUAUCCGUACCCUCCAAGGACCGACAUAGAAUAUGCAUAACAAUCGAGUCAGAAAUGCAAAAGUCAUGCACUUAAAACAAUUACGAAUUGUUACUAAUUGUUUAUCUGUAACAUAGCUAGCUUUGUUUGUUAAACCCUUCUUAGACACGUAACAAUGGUGGGCCCAUGAUGACGUGGCUGGAUUAUCGUUCUAGCUAAUUAACCAAGAGGACUCGUAGUGGACUUGAGUUUACAUCUAGAGCGUUUCAGAUCAAAUUCAGCAACUUCUUGGAUGAAGUAAUCCAAGAUAGCUAGUCAUGUCCGAGAGUCCGUCUGGCAAAGUGGCCCUGGUCACUGGUUCAACUUCUGGGAUUGGCCUAGGUAUAGCUCAUUGUCUGGCAAGCAAAGGCUGCUCUGUGAUUCUAACAGGACUUAUUGAUGAAACUUUGGUGCCAAAAUUACUUGCAGAGUUUAAAGGGAAUACUGCAUACAAAGGCAAGUUUCAGUUCAUAGCCAGUGAUUUCUUGGAAGUGGAGAAAGUUGAGAAGUUUAGCCAGGAUGUGUUGGCGUUGUACCCAGACGGUGUUGAUAUCUUAGUGAACAAUGCAGGUGUACCGGGACGAGGUCUUAUUGAGAACUUGACUACAAAAGUCUGGCAAGAUACUCUUGCAGUCAAUCUAACAGCGCCGUUUGUCUUGACCAGAACAUUCUUUCCGUUGAUGAAAAAGCGAGGUUGGGGCAGAAUUAUUAAUAUGUCUUCACAAAUGGGUCAGCUUGGUGAGUUAGGCAAGCUGGCUUAUUGUUCUUCAAAAUCGGCCCUCAUCGGCUUCUCGCGGGUUGUGGCCCUUGAAGGCGCUCAGCAUGGAGUCACUUGUAAUGCAGUCUGUCCUGGAUUCGUCGAUGCUCCAAUGUGUCACAGUUUUAUAACACAAGUAGCAACACAACAAGGUCUUUCAUUGGAAGAUAUCAAGAAUGACUUCCUCAAAGACGGCACUCCGAUUGGUCGUUUGAUCCCCAUCAGCGAGGUAGCUGGUCUAGUGACGUUCCUGUGUUCUGAUGUAGCCUCAAGUAUAACUGGAUCUCCCAUCGCUAUAGAUGGAGGCUACGCUGCUCGAUAAAAGCGAUACAUAUUUGAUAACAGUUUGUUAGAUUUUUUCUUUAAUACAUUCAACGAAACAGUAAAAUAUAUUUAUAUUUAAUAAAUAUAAAAUUAUUCUCAUGGUGUCAUGGAAACAUAAUUGUGUUCUUUUUAUUUCAUUAAAACAGUAACUAUGGGAUUUAAUUCGUCCAGGCCCAUGAGUCCGUGACUGGAGUCCCCCAGGGGCGAUCAUAAAGAUAAUCAUUCAUUACUUGUAAGAAGACGUUUUAGUUGUGUGAGGAUUUGUACUUUUUCAUGUAAGAAUUCGUUUGAUUGUAAUACCACUGUUACUUGUAAAAGGUGGUACACACACUGGAGUAUCUAUUUGUUGACAGAAGGACUCGGUUUAUUUGUCACACUCAGUCUCCUGGUUAAAAGUUGGUGGGAGGGGACACCAUCAAAUCAUUGAUCCCAGACAAACGGGCAGUUGGCUACCCCACUGAUAAUUUGAACGUUUUAAGCUGCUGUCUGUUACCUUAAAGAAAGUGGGGAGGGGGGAUUAUUGAAAUAAAAUAGUGAGAGUCAAAUGGACCUCAUUCACCAAUUGUAAACAAACAACAUUUAGUCUCGUGAUAAUAUUAAUAAAACAACGAAAUAAAAACUGUCACGUGAUAGCCAUUGUGUAUUAAAAAUUAGAUCUUAAUUUGUAUAGAAAAGAUUACAGAAUCACGUGGCUAAAUGUUGUUUUGUUUACGAUUGGUGAAUGAGGUCCAUUAUCACGCUGAUUUAAUUGUUAAUAGGUUCCAGUAAAUCAAGGGGAACGAAGGCGUAUUUAAGUGUUACAUUCAAAACAAAUGACUAGCUUAUAAAAUGUUGAAGUACAUUCUUGUGUAAAUAAACAAUAUUUAAAACAGA